UAUGACUGCCUCCUGCUGCCAUUACAGCAUGCAGCAUUGGGUUCGUUCCAUCGUCUCUCUGGGAGGCAGUCGAGUAAUUGAACGGAUCCUACUUUGGAUGCAACUUCAUCGACUUCAACUUGCUGAAGCCCUCUUCACCGGACCUGAAUCAUUCAGCCUUGCUCGUCGGUCGAGUUUUCGGUUGCCCUUGGCUCAUGGAGUAAUUGAACAGACCGACACGUCUGGUCCCGGAGUUCAGACACACGGAUCAUCAUCAAUAUCAUGUAUCUCGUGCAGUUCCUCCUCUUCACGAUCCUCCAUUGGAAGGGAUCGAGUGCCGUGAUCGCUAUGAACGACACCAAGCUCUAUCCAGCAUGCUUGAUGGACACCGAUUGCCCCAAGAGGAGCGAUAUGGACCUUGUGUGUUUCCAAUAUUUUUGUUACCCGUGGAGGGAGACCGCAGAAGAAUCCUCGGCCAAUCGGCCGCUGGACAGCUGUCGCCGCUCCAAGGAUUGUGUGGCCUCUGCGGGCGAGGACGAAAAGCCGGAAUGUUUCCGUCACCACGACCGUCGACGGAUCACCAGGGGCUUUUGUAUAGACAGCAUUGAUGAAUGCUCAGAUCAUGACGAGUGUGAAGGCCUCGGAGGCAAAUGCUGCAAUGGAUAUUGCUGCAAUGAAGAGUAUUUUGAAGGUCUUAUGGCUCUCCCUUGCACCAGGGAUGAGGGUUGUCAGGACCUUCUGUUGGGCGAACGUUGCUGCAUUGAUAUUUCGGGGGCGGCCAAGUUCAACACCUCACAAGCAAAUUGGGACAAGAGGUGCUGUUCCAAUCAACGAGGACCAUUCGUACAACCAGAUCAAGAUCUCUCCGUGGAGGACCGACUCGGUAUUGACAAGCAGAUUGGCAGAAUGGGAGAUUUGCAACCGCAAAUCUGUAAAUCGUUCGAGUACGAAUUCAUGUUGGAAUUUGAGUCAUGCAACGCCUACUCGACCACCACGACGACCACGACGACGACAACUACCACCACAACAACUACCACGACCUCAGCCAAACCACCAAAGGCAAACAGCGCCAAAACGUCGGACUCGCCCAGACAUCAAGGAGGGCUUGACUGUCUCCUGCAUGUUUUAGUUGCAAUGAUCGUGCCGAUUGUGGCUUUCAAGGGAAUGCUUACACAAUAAUAAUACGUUCUUGGUGA